AGUCGCCCGGCCCGCCCCCUCCAGCCCCAGCCGAGAGUUUCACUCUCUGGGGCGGGGCAAGCAGCCGGCGUUGCCCGGCCAGCCAACUUAGUGCGCGCCCCGCCCGGCGCCGUCCGGGUCCCCGCGCCCUCCGGCCGGCCGGGGCGCGCCGCCCGCAGCUCCGCGCGGCCCGAGCUGCGCGGGAGAGCCUGCAGCACCGGCGGAGAGCCGCGCGUGCGGCGGAGGUGAUGACUGCGGCGGCAUGGAGUUCCCGGAGCACGGCGUAAGGCUGCUGGGCCGCCUGCGGCAGCAGCGCGAGCUGGGCUUCCUGUGCGACUGCACUGUCCUGGUGGGCGACGCGCGCUUCCCUGCGCACCGCGCUGUCCUGGCCGCGUGCAGUGUCUACUUCCAUCUCUUCUACAGGGACCAGCCCGCGAGCAGCCGCGACACGGUGCGGCUCAACGGCGACAUCGUCACGGUGCCCGCCUUCAGCCGCCUGCUGGACUUCAUGUACGAGGGCCGCCUGGACCUGCACAGCCUACCUGUGGAGGACGUCCUGGCUGCCGCCAGCUACCUACACAUGUAUGACAUCGUCAAGGUCUGCAAGGGCAGGCUUAGGAAGAAGGACCCAGAUCUGGAGACCCGCAUGCUGGAGACAGAGCUUCCUGGUCAGCCACCGCAACCCCUGCCUUCCUGGUCUCCUGACUUCUGCCCAGCUGCACCGAAGACCAAACCCCCAUCUCUAGGGGUCAAGGCUGCCCAUCCCCUGCCAACAUUUGGACCUCCAUCUUGGCAGGUCACAGGGGAGUCAGGUGGGGCCCUAGACCUGUCACUGAAGCCUGGCCCAAGACCUGAGCAGGUCCACCCACCCUGCCUCCUCCAGACAUCGCUCUGCAGCUCCAUGCAGCAAGGGGCCCAGCCUCUGGUGAAAGCUGAGCAAGAUUCGUUCUCUGAACAAGACAGCAGCAGCAGCCCUCAGAGCACCGCCGACAGAUCCCCACCACCAGGCUGUGCUUCUACAGCCCAGGGCCUGCCAGUGCACAUCCAAGGGACGGGAAGCCAGCAGCUUGGGCUGGGCGCGGAGCCGGCGGACAACGAGGAGUUGGGUCCCAGCAGGCGCCUUUGCAUCUGCCCGCUGUGCUGCAAGCUGUCCCCUAGCCCCCACGCCCUGCAGCUGCAUCUCAGCGCCCACUUCCGAGAGCGGGACAGCGUUCGGGCCAGGCUCUCCUCUGAGGGGGCCGUGCCCACGUGCCCGCUCUGCAGCAAGACCUUCUCCUGCACGUACACACUGAAGAGGCACGAGCGGACACACUCUGGGGAGAAGCCCUAUACAUGCGUGCAGUGUGGCAAGGGCUUCCAGUACUCACACAACUUAAGCCGGCAUGCGGUGGUUCACACACGGGAGAAGCCCCACGCCUGCCGCUGGUGUGAGCGCCGAUUCACACAGUCUGGGGACCUGUAUCGGCAUGUCCGCAAGUUCCACUACGGCCUCGUCAAGUCCUUGUUGGUGUAAAGUGGUUUUUUUUUUUUUUUUUUUUGUUUGGUUUGGUUUGGUUUUUUGUUUUGUUUUUUUUUUUUCUGUAUCUCCAAGGUGUGGAGGAAGGGUCUCCUGGGUGGGACUUUGGGACAGAGGAAGAAGCCCUACCACAAGGCUAGAAGGUUCCACCUGCCAAUCUGAAUGAACGCUGCUGCUGCUUGGAUGGGUUGCCUCCUCUUGCCCUUCACCCUCCAUCUCACACCUGCGCACAGGUUGUGCCCUGCCCGGUUAGGGACACUAUCUUCCUCAUCGUCCUCUCCAGCAAGGUUCAAGGAGUGUCCAGUCUGCCCGUCCACUGGGCCUGGGCUUCUCGGUGUGAGGUAACACAGUUUUCCUCUGUCCUGGGGCGUCCCUGAGCACCCUGCUGAGACACUUGAGAGUGUCCUUGUGUGCCUAGUGCCAUGAUAGAAUGACUCAGUCGUCAAGAAAGUCGUUAAUGCAAGUGUCUAACAGGGUGCACUGACAGAGCAGGCCAAUUGUCGUGAGUGGCAGCAGGAACCCCUGUGGAGAAGGCCUCAGGCACAAGUACCAGCAGGGGCUGUAGAGACACAGCUGGCCUUGCAGGAGGCAUGGCUCCAGCGGGGACCGGAGCAUCAUGAGGGUGGCUGAGGCGGCCUGUCCCUGGAGUGACUGUUACUGGGGUGGAACGGGGUGGAACUUUGGGCAAAGAAGGGGGAUUUGGAAAUGGAUUCUCUUUCUACUAAGAGCCUCCCAAGGCUACCAUGUGUCUGCUACUGGGUGAGGACCCUACAAGUGCCCCAUACUGGGGUCCUGGGGCUAGGAAUGGCAGACCCUGCCGUGAGCCAAGCUUCGUAUGAUGCAGCUGCUGCUGUGUUUCGGCAGGCCUGACCAUGGGAGUCCCUCUCCUACUUUCUAAGGGUCUCCUUGGAGCUGUAGUCAUUCUCAGGCACCAAGCACAGGGCUGGGGCUUGUCCAGCCUAACAGGAGCGACAUUUGCUGUGCUACUCCUGCCGGGGGGGGGGGCAUGGGUAGAAGCAGCUGUCACAGGGAGACAGGGAGGCAGGCACCCCUUCAUCUAUGGCUCUGGAAGGAAGGCUGACACCCUUGAAAUGUGAAGGACUUUGUCCUCUGCCUCUGUUGUGGAUAUGGGCCACCUUGCUUUGACUACUUGUGCCCUACGCAAGCCUUGCUGUCCCAGAACCUUGAUUGUUUCAGGAAGGGGAUGGGGCAGGAUAGGGGAGGCCUCGGCCUUGCCUCAGAGAAAGUGGUAGAGAUGCCCAAAACAGCUUGCCCUCUCCCCAGCUGGGCUGUCUCUGAUGACUGCAAGUGGUCCGGAGGACAGAGUCAGGCAAGUCUGUCUUUAUGUCUUCUGCUAACACUUGAUGUAUUUAUUUGCCUGCUUGGUCUGGAGUGAAGUGACCAUUGGUCUCCCCAAGGUGGGAGGUCCGUUGUUCAUCUCCUGACCAUCUCUGUGCUCUCCUGAUAUGUCCACGGCUAGCCUGGGAAGCUGGUGCCUCCAGUGAUGCUACAAGACUGGAGUCCCAGGAUGGGCCACAGUCCAGAGGGCUGGAGAAGAGGCAUCCUGGCUUCUGACUCCACCUCUGGAAGGGCUGGUAGGACCCUGUGAAUUACAACCUGAGCGUGCGUGCAUGCACGCUCUCUCUCUCGGGCACGCACUGUGUGUGUGUGUGUGUGUGUGUGUGUGUGUGUGUGUAUCUGUCUGUCUGUCUGUUAGCAGUACUGCAAGUGAGCAGGCAGAGCACCGUUGUGUUGGUUUUCCUCGAGUGCUUGCUUUCCUGGGGCAGGAAGCCUGCCCUGAGUCAACACUGGACUCAUUGUCUUUGGUGCACAGUUACUGUGAAGCUAACAAAGAAUAAGUGACUGGUUGUAAGUUCAUAACUGGCAUGGUUCAGUUGCGUGUAUGCAUCUGUCUGACACACUGCCUGUGUGUGAGCACAGGACAGGUGUGUGCAGAAGCGGUCCAGGUGCUUUCUGCUGUGGGUUCCUAGGGCUGGCCCAGCCACUGUCCCUGCCUGUGGUCUCACUGCUGCUCUGCCCCUGGAGGGACCACUGGGACAUGACUCGCCAGGACAGCUCUUCCCACAUAGUUUGGCUGGGAUGUUUGCAUAGCCCUGUUUGUGUCAGCCCGCGCCACCCCUAGAAACCAGUGCUGUCUUCUUAUUUCACACAUUCUGGCGGUCACAAUGACUAAAUAAAGCCAACCACACGUGAA